GCCAUACCGGAUGAUGAGGAAAAUUCGGACGACGGAGCCGCAGAUGAGAUUGAUGCUAUCAAUGACGAGACUUUUGGAGAUGAUGUGCAUGUGCCCCUCGACAGCGAGUUAGAAGACUACGCAGCUCAGACGGCCUGUCUUCGACUUGACGAUGCAGGACCCUGGGACACUCCUGGUUGUUCUAAAGAGCCAGCACCAGAUGCAUCCAAUGUUCCUCUACCGGACUUUGACGUUUUUGGAACAUCCUCUUUUUCUAGCUUCGGUAGUGAAACAAUGGCAAAGUUGGAUUCAUUAUGGAGUCAGCAAUCGCAUAAUUUGUAUGAUCUAUGGGAAGAGCAGAAGAACAAUUCUCGUAGCAUAAACUCGAAUCAAUCGGCAUUUGUUCAAAACGAGGUUCCUGCAGUAGAACAGCAGAAACCUCCGAGCGGGUUUCCAUUGAUAGGAGGGAUAUCUCAAGCGUUCGACAAUGCCGCGCGAUCAAACGCUUAUAUACAACACCGUUCACCAGUCUUACCUGCAAUGCCUCGUGGUUCUACGUUGGAAGACCUCGAACGAGGGCAUCUGCAACGACCGCCGAACGUAAGCAAGGUUUCGAACAUGAACGCCAUGCCGCCUGUUGCCGUGAAUGUAGCUGACCUUGAGCGUCGAUUCAUUGAGGAAUCUUCAGGAAUGCCACCACCAGCAAAUCAAAUGAUUCCAUCUUGUAGUCCUUCCCCGUUUCCACCUCCAUUGCCAUCACCACACACCCAACUUCCUCCUAGAAUGGCACCCAAUGCGCCUCCUAGUUUCGGAGGAGUUCCACCAAUGCAUAUACCACCCCUUUUGCCCCCGUUCCAUCCUAUGAUGCUUCCAUUCGUACCAUUCUGGCUUGAGCAUCUCGCUGGUCGUGCGCCAUGUCUUCCACCAGGAUGCCCACCAGUUCCUCCUCUUUUACGAAUGUUCUUCGAUACUGUGAAGGAUCCAAUGGUCGUCAUGGAUAUGAUAAGAGCUUCAAACGCAGGAAUGGUGCCUCCUCCAUUUCCAGCGCCGCCACAAACCUUUGACAGACGCUCUCAGUGGCAACGAAAAGCACCUGGAAUGCCGUCUGGGCGCACAAUAGAAGACCUUGCAUUUGACCAGUUCGCAGGCUACAUGUCUUGUAAAGAAAGAGAAUGGCUCGUAAAAAUUCAAAUUCUGCAAUGUCAAGGAACUGGCAACCCGUACGAUGAUGACUACUACUAUACAAGCUGGCGAGAGAAACAGAUUGCGAAAGGAUGGCGACCGAGUAGAGUAGUCACUCCUCAGAUGGCGUCUUCAGAUAAAGUCAAGAUAGGAAAAGGGCGUUCCGUGGUAGCACGAGCGCUUACUGUUGGAACCCCCAGGGAUGUUGCUCGCAUCGUUUUGUCGUUAUUUUCCGUUAUGAGUUUGUGCUCCAAGAGGUGCAUAGAAGACAUAAACUGCGACGUAGUUCCACACAUGUUCACUGGACUAAUGGAGCUGAGCAGGGAACAACUAAUGGCUUUGUCAUCCGCAGUGAACGUUGACUCCCUCAAGGAGAAUAUUUCGAACAAAAACGCUUUUUGUCGAGAUGCUUUCAUCACUCUCUUGUAUGCGUGUGCUAAACGAAAGGCUAUUUCACAAAGUAUCGUUCGGUGGUUAGCUGGUCCACCCGAUGAACUUGAUUUCACUAAUGGCUGGUCCUCUUCAUUGUCCUUAUGGCGGGAGCAGAUACCGGGCUUGCAAGACUCGGAUGUGCAAAUGUUUGCUGAAUGGUUGCUUCUUCUUUGUGACAAUACCCACUAUAAUUCACUUGCCAAAGUACUUGCUAAAGCAUUGCUUUCGUGUAGAUAA